UUUUGUAAACAACGUGAGCUUUCAAAGGAGCAGAGAGAAGAUAGAAGAUACAGAUUAUAAAGCGUUGACGUUUCAAAGUUUAAAAUAUUAACGGGCAAAGGAAGCUAUGUUGUACAGCCGAAUUAAUUAGCAAUAGAGUGGAUGGUUUUGUUAGAAAGAUGUCGGUGUGGGUGGGCAGUGGCUGCGGAGGCGGCGAGGUGCGCCCGCCUCCGGCCGCCACCGCCACUCUCAUGUCAACCAAUACGUCUAUGGAGUCCGGGAUCGAGGCAGGGGUCCUGCCGACUGUCACGGGAUCCCUGGCGUCCGCCCGGGACUCGCUGGGGUCACUGUCCAGAGCAGCAGAGCCGCUGUAUGAUACAGACCACACAGACCUCGGCUCGGAGUUGGAUGAGGCGGAUAUCAGGCGGGAGUUGAUGCACGAUAAAUGGCGUCUCCUCUUCGAUAGGUUUGAUCCGGAGGGGUUUGGAGAGAUCCCGUGGCCCGACUUCUUGCAGACGCUCCAACAUCCAGACUUCAUUGCUCAGGUGCCGCCGCAUAAAAGGGAGAUUCUUCUGGACAAAGCGCAGAGUGCAUCGAGCAACGCCAUAACGUUUCAGGAGUUCGUGAAUGUGGGAUCGGNGUUUUGA